AUGAUCUGCGAAAGACACGCCGAGACGAGGGCCACGGAUUCUCCCGGUACAAAAGCUGCUGUAGAUCUGUUCCUGCAGGCAUAUCGCGAGGAAAAGAUGGGUGCAUCGGGCAAGGGUGGACGCAGGACAGACGAGCUUGAUCCGGAAUUCCUGAACCUCGCACGCGACAAUGUCAAGACCCUGCUUCUAGGGGGCCACGACACAACUUCAUCCAAUAUGGCCUACAUUCUGGCCCUCCUCUCGGAACCCGAGAACACCCACGAACUUGGUCGCAUCCGCGCUGGACACGACGUCGUGUUCGGCCCGGACCCUACCGAAGCUGCGUCCAUGCUCCUCUCCGAUCCCCGACUACUUAACAACCUCCCACUCACGACCGCCGCGGUCAAGGAAUCCAUGCACCUCUUUCCCGCAGCGAGCACCACGCGCACAACCAUGCCCAUCCAUCCCGUCCAGACAGUGUCGUUUAGAGGCCAACAGCUCCCAUUCGCAGGCCAACAAAUCUGGGUUGCGCACUACAGCUUCGGCCAACGUGGCGACCUGUGGCCCGAACCCCGGAAAUUCGUCAUCGACAUCACCACCACCUCCACCCCCAAAGGACGCAUGGCGCCCGUUCGAAAAGGGCUCGCGCGGCUGUCUGUCUCGGCCUGGAGCUGGCCAUAA